CAGCUCCACUCACCUCCCGUCUUCUCCACACCAGGACCUGGGAGGGGCACUGAUGGCUGAAGGGCUAAGGACGCAACCCUAGAAACUGCCUCCACCGAAGCGUACUUUGUCCCUCAGCUGCCACAGGGAAGCCCCGCCCACCUGAAGUCAAGAUGUCCAGCAAGCGAGCCAAGGCCAAGACCACCAAGAAGCGGCCACAGCGGGCUACAUCCAACGUCUUUGCGAUGUUUGACCAGUCCCAGAUCCAGGAGUUCAAGGAGGCCUUCAACAUGAUCGACCAGAACCGCGAUGGCUUCAUUGACAAGGAGGACCUACACGACAUGCUGGCCUCGCUGGGGAAGAACCCCACAGAUGAGUACCUGGAGGGCAUGAUGAGCGAGGCCCCGGGGCCCAUCAACUUCACCAUGUUCCUCACCAUGUUUGGCGAGAAGCUCAACGGCACAGACCCCGAGGACGUGAUCCGGAACGCCUUCGCCUGCUUCGACGAGGAGGCCUCAGGCUUUAUCCAUGAGGACCACCUACGGGAGCUGCUCACCACCAUGGGCGACCGCUUCACAGACGAGGAGGUGGAUGAGAUGUACCGUGAGGCGCCCAUCGACAAGAAAGGCAACUUCAACUACGUGGAGUUCACCCGCAUCCUCAAACACGGCGCCAAGGACAAAGACGACUAGGCCACCCGAGCCUCCCAACGCUGGCCCCGCCCAGGCACCCCUCCUCACACUCUGUACCGCUCCAUGCCCACAAGACCCUGGCAUCUUUCCUGAGGGGUCAGGUCCCAGCUCCCAGGGGAGGAAACAGCACGGGAAUCGCAGGGCCAGGCAAGGGGGCUUAGGCAGGUGCUCCACCAUGACCCGGAGAGCCCUGCAGGGAAGGACCACUGUCUGAGGAGAGGAGCCAGAGGGCAGGGCCAGGAGGUACCUAGAGUCCCUCGAGACAGCCAGGCCUUGGCCAUGGCCCGCCCACUCGCCCCAGGAGGAAGGGGCCCCCAUUCACCACCCCAGUGCGUCCCCACACGUGCAUGCACUCACCGAAUCCCUACUCAGAGCCAGGGCAGCAGACCACCCCCAUGGCCUGUCAGCUCCCAGAGCACAGCACAGCACAGCACACCAGAGUGAGCUCAGGAGGCUGUGUGAAGAGGGAUGUUUGCCCUCAGGGAGGUGGGGUCUCCAAUACAAGGUUGAACACUG